UGCUCGCCCUUGACUGCAGUCUGCUGGGAACUGCCCUUUGUAAAACAGUGACGAUUUGUCAAUUGUCCUAAAAAUACUCUGCUUUGCGAGGAUGGGAGAGUGGAACAGCAGCCGACUCAUUUUUGCGGAUGACUACAGUUCCCUGUUCACAUGGCACGAAUAUCUGGUCUUUGCGGCCGUCCUGACCGUGUCCAUGGGCAUCGGCGUGUUCUACGGAUGCUUCAAAAAGAACAACUCCACUACGGAGAGCUUUCUGAUGGGUGGGAAAAAGAUGGGCGUCCUUCCCGUUUCUCUGUCGCUCAUCUGCAGUUUCGUAUCAGCAAUAACGAUGUUGGGUGAACCUCCGGAGGUUUAUUUCUAUGGACUGAUUUACAUAUACUUUUCUUUCGCCUUCAUUCCAAUGACUCUGAGUUUAAGUUAUCUUUAUCUCCCCGUUUUCUUUCGUCUCCAAUUAACAUCGGCGUACGAGUAUUUUGAACUAAGAUUCAACAGAAACGUACGAAUUGUUAUUUCAGCUUCAGCCAUAGUUCACUUGAUGAUCUACAUGCCACUUACAGUGUGGGGCCCAUCCUUAGCACUGGAUCAAGUUGCUGGUCUGAACAAGUACAUGACUUCCAUUGUCAUCUUUCUCGUAUGUAUAGCAUAUUCUUCAAUCGGUGGUCUAAAAGCCGUUUUAUGGUCAGAUGCGUUUCAAGCGUUCGUCAUGUUUGCCACAAUGUUGACGGUGCUCAUACUGGGAAUCAGCAAGGUCGGUGGCAUGGGUGUGGUCUGGGAGAGAGCUGAGGAAACAGGAAGAACAAAUGUGCUUUUGUUUGAUCCAGACCCACGGACUCGCCACACGUUUUGGACAGGGACAAUUGCAGCAUUUUUCAGCUGGAUACCACUAUUUGCGGGGACCCAAGCUCAAAUUCAGAGAUAUCUUUCCGUACCAACCAUCCGAGAUGCUAGAAAAUGCCUAUUCUUCAAUAUGUUUGGAUUAUUUGCCGUCAUAAUCCUCUGCUCACUGACUGGUCUCAUGAUUUUUGCAAAGUACUAUGACUGUGAUCCCGUAUCACUGGACAAUCAGGUAGUCAGCUCUUCAGAUCAGCUCGUUCCCCUAUUCGUGAUUGAUGUCCUUGGAGAUUAUCCUGGUCUUCCAGGCUUACUCGUUGCAGGGCUCACUUGUGGUUGCCUUAGCUCGGUAUCCUCAGCACUCAAUGCCCUCCCGGCAAUUAUUGUCGAGGAUUAUGUGAAACAUUAUCGGACUGAUUUGACUGAUAGACAACUCGGAUAUAUUUCCAAACUAAUCUCUGCCGUGGGGGGACUCGUCUCGUUUUCCUUAAUCUUUGUCAUUGCCUCAGCAGGAAAUAUUUUACCUUUUGCAUCUCUUCUUCACGGCACAUUUCUCGGACCGAUUGUAGGAGUUUUUUCUUUGGGAAUGUUCUUUCCCUGGUCAAACGCAUUGGGAUCCAUGCUCGGCAUAAUUCCGACUUUAGCAAUCACACUCUUCAUCGGAGUGGGUUCAAUCCUGCAAGGUAACGAAGGGCUCCUUCCCGUGCAGAAACUUCCCCUUCGGACGGAUGGAUGCUAUGUAAAUGAGAUGUUGCAGGACACCUUUUUUAGCCCGGCAGGAAAAGGGUGGAAGGACGAGGACUACUCCCCCUUAACCAAAAUAUUUUCCAUCGCCUACCUCUGGCAACCCGCCAUUACGAUUAUGUCCACCCUUAUUUUUGGGAUGUUAUUCAGCAUCAUAAUCAACGCUUCGGGAGGAAAUAAUGGGCGUAAACGUCGUGUCAAGUCCAGAUAUUUGUCACCACACGUGUUGUCAAUGUGGGUAUACAUUUUUGGGAGUGAAAGAAUGAAAAAGUGGGUCGAAUUUGAAGAAGAUGAAGAUGUUGCUAGAAAUAAAAUUGAUAACAGUGACAAUAAAUCUGAAAUUUCUGCAAAGUAGAAAAUAAUACUGAAUUGUUCCGAUGUGCAUAAUUUUGCAAGUCCACCCACACAACGAUAUUUGGAUGUUUAUGUAUACUGAAUUGUUGCGAGAGAGUGAAACCACAACCAGCAUGUAAGUAAUAGCAUUAAAAAUGAUCCGAACUGAUCCUGAGGCCAGACCCGGAUGCGACUGUGUGUGUUUCAGACAAACAAGACGCAUUCUCUAUCUCUGCUGAUUUCUCUGCUAUUUAAAGGGUGAAAGUUGGGGAAGUUGGCUCAGUUCAGGAUCAACUCUCUUCGUGCUGCUACUGCCCGUAGCUUUCUCCGCUACGCGUUGGUCUCUUCGUUUCAAGAACAAGAUCCUGACUGUGAGUGGGUGAUAUUUAUAAAUAAAUUAGGUUGGGGAAGUUGAGAAAAGGUUCGGGUCGUGUGUGUCGGAGAAAGAGUUGCACGCAAGGUAAAUGCAACUAGACGCAGAAAAGUGAGUGCGAAAUGUCACAAACUGGGAGCACAACCAGAACGGUGGGUUCGCUUGGCUCUUCCACGGAUUCUGGCAACGGUGGGGGUGGCUUCCACUCCCACAAGAAGGACCAGAGGAACAAACAAAGAAAAAUUGUGCGAAUUCUCACUGUCGUGGCUUAUAUGAUGAGCGUCUCUACGGUAGCUCUUGUCCUGUCCGCGUACUACCUCUUCAUCUGGAAACCCACUCCAGCCGAGCCUCUCACUCACUUAAGAAGGGCCACCGACUCUCCCACAACGUCUCACCAUUUUUACAAUCGCCAGACAUUCUCCGUUCUUCAGGCCCCCCUGGCAGCGAGCAGCACAAGCGGACUUAACGCACGCAGGAGCAGCAAGGAAUUCCUCCCUCCUCCACAAAGCCUUGUAGGCAAGGAGGAGGAGGAGGAGGAGGAGGAACAAGAAGACCAAACAGGACCAUCGAGCCCUCCAUAUUCUUCUGACGAUGGUAACAAUUAUGACGAUGAGUCCAAGUCAACCUCAACGCCACAGAGAGCACCGGCAUCAGCCCCAGAACUUGGACGAGUUAGCAGAACCACACCCAACCUCUUAAAAAUAAUUGCCCCGACAAUGGCUCCAAUUUCUUAAAGUUUCAAUGCCUCGACAUGUGCACUCGUUGUUAAAUAUAAAUAUUCAAAAGAUCUCUGUUAAUUGUACAUGAUAAAGACAUAUAUAUUGCGCUAAUGCAACACAUCGAAACAUUAGAUUGUGUCGAUUUACUGUAAAGUUUGUGAUUUACUUACUCAUUACGUAAUUAAAAUAAUUUUACAUUUAUUCUAAA